AUGCACCUACCGAUUUCCCCCGCAAUUAAAUAUCCCUUUCUGAGGAAAAUUGUGCUCUGUAUUUCUUACUGUCUUUGUGUUUUUUCUAGGGAGGUUUUCAAAAUGGAUGACUGGAAACCACUUCUUGUUCUUCUCUUUGUUUCCAACUUCUGCUCUAUAGAUGCACAGCAGACUGAUAUCAGUUUUGUUAUAGUUAGUGUUCAACAAGAAUUCGGUGUAUGCCACGUCACUGUACUGAAUCAUACCGACACAGAUUUUGUCUUGCCCAAUAUCAAAGCCAUUAACCAUUGUGUACAACAAGUCUUGCAUGAUUUUGAAGUUCUUUGUCCCUAUGCUCCAGGAUCCAUCUACCAGGAGGAUGCAUUUGCAAAACAAUAUGCUGAUGUUAUUUUCCUUGUUGACUGCAUUGAGAACAUAAGCCCUUCAGCCUUUGGGAAAGUAAAACGCUUCAUCUCCCAAAUAGUCAGACAGCUAGAUGUUGGGCUUAACAAGUAUAGGAUUGGCUUAGUCCAGUUUAGUGGCAUAGGACAGAUGGUGUUUUUACUGAACACACAUGAAAAUAAAGAAGAGGUGCUUGACCACAUUCAGCACAGCAUUGCAUUCACUGGAGGCUCAUCGAAUACUGGAAGUGCCAUGAAGUUUUUGCAGGAAAACUUUUUCAUGGAUGUUGCUGGAAGCUGGCUCAGCAAAGGCACUCCACAGGUUGUAGUGGUCAUCACACCUUCUGGAUCCAGAGACAAGAUCAUGGAGGCAGCCUGGAUGCUAGAAGAGAUGGGGGUAAAAGUUUUCUCAGCUGAUGUUGGAUACUUUGAUGAGGAAGAAGAAAAUAUGAGACCCUCCUCUAGCAUGACUUAUGAAGGGGAGAGCAUUGACCUUCUCUGGCAGAACAUUGUCAGUGAUAUGGAAGCCUCGCAUCAGAAGCUUUAUGACCUUGAUCCAAGUGUACCAGCAGUGUGUUUCAGUGUGACUGUUGCAGAUAUUGUGUUCCUUGUGGAUGAAUCCAACAAAAUUGGGUCAAAAACCUUGCAGCUGAUAAGGACCUUUCUAUUAAAAAUUGUUAAUGCCCUAGGUACUGGUCCAGGUAACAUUAGAGUUGGGCUAGUGCUGUACAGUAAUGAGCUGAGGCUAGAGUCCACCCUGGACGCGUUCAAGGACAAAUUGGAAAUCCUGAAUUACUUGAAGAACUUAUCAUAUCAAGGCAGGCAAACAUACACUGGAGCAGCCAUUGAAUUCAUGAGGAAGAAGGUUUUUACUCCAGAAGCAGGCAGCAGGAAAAAACAAGGAGUGCAGCAGAUUGCUGUGGUGAUCACUGAUGGCCAGUCCUUGGAUGAUUAAACUGAACCAGCAUCUAAACUAAGAUGUAAAGGUGUUACUGUCUAUGCUGUGGGCAUCCAGAAUAUCACAGAGAGUAGCAAGCUUGAUAAAAUUACAACUUAUCCCCCAAGGAAACAUGUCACCACCCUGAAAUUUUUUCUACAGUUGUCAAAUAUUGGAUGGAAAAUAAAGAAAUGGCUUUGUAGUGAGACUGUGACAAAAAUGUUUGUAGUCCCAGUACAGUUGCGAAGUUUGAAAAAAGUGCAAGGGUCAUCUGGUGUUACACAUCUGCAGUUCAAAAAUGUGCAGCAGCUCGUAGAAGCAUUAGUUAAUGACUCAGUGGUUGGGGUGGAUAAAGUUCAAUUUGAUGUUUUGGUCUGUAGCUCCAAGUGGGAGAUGCAUUUCUCACUGAAUUCAUCCUUCUCUGAGUCUCAGAGUAGGGAAGCAGUAUUCAUCUUGAAGCCUCUGCCAGGCCAGCCCUUCACAGCAAGAGCUUUGAGCUUUGCCAGGCAGAGAUUUGGUGUGAACUAGGGUGGGCAUGCGUCUUUCCUUGCUGUCACCAGGAUCCUUAUUCUUACUGAUGAACCAACUGUACCAUUGGAUAGACCCAACCUUUCCAUGGCCAUAAAAGCUUUGAAGGGAGGUGGAAUCAGUUUAACUGCUGUUGGAGUGAACAAAGCAAGCAGAGCAGAACUUGGAGAGAUUACUGAACAUCAAGAAAGAUUCUUUGCACAGAGCUAUGAUGCACUGACAAUGAAAAUGUUAGGGAACUCUGUUUCUGCAAUGAAAAUGACAGUUUGCAGUAGUCAAGUGGCAGAUCUGGUAUUCUUCACAGAUGGAUCAGAAAGCAUAUCAAAGAGUAACUUUUCUGUCAUGAAGAUCUUCACAAUGGAAGUUGUGGACAGCUUUGUUAUUUCUAGGGGCAAAGCAUGUGUUGGAGUAGUCCAGUACAGCCAAGAGCCCCAGAAAGAAUUUUCUCUUAAUGAGUUCUAUACUGACACCAUGAUAAAGGAACAGAUCAACAGAAUCGAGCAAUUGCAGUCCUCUACGUUAACUGGCAAAGGGCUGAGGCUUGUCCAGAGCCUUUUUCAGCCUACCAAUAGAGGCUGCAAGAGCCAAGGAGUCUCACAGAACCUUGUAGUGAUUACAGGUGGGUACUCUGCUGACAAGGUGAAGAAUGCAGCAAUGACUUUGAGAAGCGAUGGGAUCCAUGUCUUUGCAGUUGGCAUAGGGAUUAUAAACUCCUUUGAGCUGCUUUUAAUAGCUGGUGAUGCAAGGAGGGUGUUCACAGUGGAAAACUUUGAUGCACUGAAAGCCAUCGAGAGGAGUACUGUUAAUCAGGUCUGUGAAUCCAAAGAUCUUCCUAGCUAGGAUUGUGACAUAGAUCUUUCUGUAGCAAUUGAUAUUUCAAGGCGGAAGCAGCCAGCAUCUACAGUGCUUCUGAAACAGAAAUUGCAAGCAUUUCUCCCUAAGCUUUUACUCCAGAUGAAAUCACUGCCAAAUACCAGCUGUAAUGCUGGCUCUCCAGUCAACAUUAGAUUCAAGUUCCAAGUAUUGGCACAGACCAAACAAUUCAUCUUUGACUCUGAUUUUGAAGACUAUAAUGAAGAGAUCAUCCAGAAGUUCUUGGAUGCACAGACCACUGUGGACACCUACCUGAAUGCAGACUUUUUACAGGCACUUGAGAAGUUCUUUAGUGUGACCUUUGCUGAAGUUAAGGUUCUGUUAGUAUUUUCAGAUGGGCUGGAUGAUUCACUGGAAGAGCUCAGAAAAGCAGCUGACUCCCUUCGCUUUAAAGGUCUUGAUGCACUUCUGUUAGUUGGCCUGGACAAUACACAGAACUUGACUGAACUUCAGGAAAUAGAGUUUGGCAGAGGGUUUGGAUACAAUGAACCUCUGAGUGUUGGGUUUGCAGAGAUUGCAAACAUCUUGGAGAGAAACCUUGAUGCUGUUGCAGAAAGGAAAUGCUGUAAGGUUGUUUGUAAAUGCCUUGGAGAAAAUGGUGAUCAUGGUGGCCAGGGAAGUCCUGGAAGGAAGGGAAGUACGGGUUACAGAGGAUCUCCUGGCCAUCCUGGUGAGGAAGGUGGGAUUGGAGAGAGAGGCCCGGCUGGUUUCAAUGGGACUCAAGGAGACAGGGGAUGUCCAGGUGCCAGAGGGCAUAAGGGAUCCAGAGGCUAUAGAGGAAGUCAGGGUGAACAUGGUGAGAGUGGAUUUGAUGGCACUGAUGGAGAGCAGGGAGAACUCGGAUUUCCUGGACCUUCUGGAGAGAAAGGCAACACAGGAAAACGGGGCAGAAAAGGCCCCAGAGGAGAACCAGGUGAACGAGGAGAAUCUGGUCUAAGAGGAGAUCAUGGAGAUCCCGGGACUAGUAAUAAUGUUCCUGGUCCUAAGGGUGAAAAGGGGAACCCAGCAUGGCAGGGAGACCCAGGACCACAUGGACUCCAAGGAGAGCAGGGUGAUGCUGGCCCUGAUGGUGCAGCAGGUCGAAGAGGCCUUCCAGGUAUAAAGGGUGAGCAAGGAGAUCUGGGGGAAGCAGGUUACCCAGGAGACUCUGGUCUUCCAGGCCCACAGGGUCCAAGAGGACUACAAGGGAUCAGAGGACCUCCAGGACCACAAGGCAUGCCAGGCCCUCUGGCGAGUCUGGGGGCCCCAGGUUCACCUGGCUCUGCUGGGAAGUUAGGUGCAAGAGGAGCAAAGGGUGAACCUGGUGACCCUGGAGAAAAGGGCACAGUGGGACCAGCUGGACAGAGAGGCAUGCCUGGCAUGGAUGGUAGAGAUGCCUACGGUCCUGAAGGAAGCAAAGGAGCAAAGGGAGAGUCUGGAUUCAUAGGAUGUCCUGGUCCAGAGGGAGAAGAUGGAGACCCAGGCAUUCUAGGAGCUGAAGGACCCAAAGGAGUUAGGGGUAGAAGAGGUAAUGCUGGCACACCAGGUUCCCUGGGAGAUCCAGGGGACCAAGGGCCAUCAGGACCUAUGGGUGCCAAGGGACCAAUGGGCACCAUUUUAAUGGAACCUUGUGAACUUGUGAAUUUUACACGAAAAAAAUGCCCUUGCUCAUCAGACACAUGUCCAGUUUAUCCAACUGACGUGGUGUUUGCCUUUGAUAUGUCUGAAGAUGUUACGCCAGCUGCAUUCGAAAGAAUGAGGAACAUUGUUAUGUUAUUGCUGAAGACCAUUAAGAUCAGUGAAAGCAAUUGCCCAACAGGUGCUCGUGUCUCCAUUGUUUCUUUCAAUACCAAUAUGCGUUAUCUCAUCCGAUUCUCAGAAUUCAAAAAAAGCAACUUGCUACUACAAGCAGUCCAGAGAAUACCGCUAGAGAGAUCCACUGGAAAACGUAAUAUUGGGGCAGCCAUGAGAUUUGUUGCAAGACAUGUCUUCAAACGUGUUCGUCAGGGCAUUCUCACAAGAAAAGUUGCCCUAUUUUUUGCCAGUGGUCCAUCGCAGGAUGAUGUUGCCAUCAGCACAGCUCUACUUGAGUUAAGUGCCUUGGAUAUCACUCCAGUGGUUAUUGCCUUCAAUGAAGUGCCAAAUAUCAGACGUGCCUUCUCAAUUGAUGAUAGUAGAAGAUUUCAGUUAUUUGUUUGGGAAGGACAACAGGAUGAAAGUUUGGAGAGUGUCACGUAUUGUACACUUUGCUUCGAUAAAUGCAAACCAAGUACCAACUGCGAGGUGCCCUUUUCUCCCCCUGUUCUGAUGGAUAUGGAUAUCACUUACAUCAUGGACAGCUCUCGCAGCAUCAGCAGUGAAGAGUUUCAGAGAGCCAAAGACUUUGUGAGCAACAUGCUAGAUCAGUUUGUUGUUUCCUCACAGCCAAACGAAUCUUAUGGAGGCAUCAGAGUGGCACUGGUGCAGCAGGCUCCCAGGGGCUUCCUGCCUGACAGAAACCAGACCCCUGUGGCCUUGGAGUUUGAUCUAGUCACAUACAGCAAUAAAGAUGCGAUGAAGAAACAUAUACAAGAGUCUGUUCACCAACUGGGAGGCCCAUCAGCUAUUGCUUCUGCCUUAAAGUGGACAGUUGAAAAUGUAUUCUUUAAAGCCCCCAGACAAAGAAAACACAGGGUCAUAUUUGCAAUAGUUGGAAGCAAAACAAGCACGUGGGACAGAGAGAAGCUCAGAGAAAUUUCACUUGGAGCCAAGUGCCAAGGAUUCACCUUGUUCACUGUUGCACUUGGCAAUGAUGUGAGUGACGAUCAGCUGAUGGAGCUGUCAAGCUCCCCCACAGACCAGCAUUUACUGACAUUGGGCAGGGUUUCAACAUCUGAGAUGGUAUAUGCUCACAGGUUUAGCCGGGCAUUUCUAAAUCUUCUACAACAAGAAAUGAACAGUUAUCCUUCACCUGAACUUCAAGAAGAGUGUGAAAACUUAGAUCAGGGAGACACAGAACAGCAAGUGUCUAUGAUUGAAAGGAUGCCUUUUCCUGGAACUAAUGAAAUUGGUUACGGUCAUGGUUUAGAAGACAUUGAAAGAACUGAAAGUAGAGUCCUGGAGAAUAUUAGAGAGACCGCCACAGAACCUGUAUACACAAUGCCAGAAAUGAGAUAUGAUUAUGAGGAGAAUGAGUAUUUCACAGAGGAAGAUGCUGAAGGAGAAAAGCCACAAGAGUAUGGAGAAGCUCAGGAGGAGAAUGAGGAAAACUUAGAGGAAACAGUAGAAACUAGAGCUGCCUAUACUGAUUAUGAUGCAUGUGACCUUGCUCAAGAUAGUGGAGAAUGUCAGAAUUAUGUUCUGAAGUGGUACUACAACAAAGAGCAGAAAAUGUGUGGUCAGUUCUGGUAUGGGGGCUGUGGAGGCAAUAAAAAUAGAUUUGAAACACAAGAAGAAUGUGGAUUCUUGUGUAUAGAGUCUUCCUAG